AGGUGGUGUGUGCGCCGUCCCUGCCCGGCGCUGGCACUGCCAACCCCUCGUGCGGGUUCCUGCCGUCCCUGCCGAGGACGCGGUGGCUGGGUUGGUUCUGCUGACUGCAGACACCACCCAGCGCGAUGGAGAUGAGGCUGCCAGGAGCUGCCGUUCUCCUCUGCAUGGUAGGUGUUCUCCAUGCUUUUGCGAUUGAAGAUAAAGGAGAUGUGUUCAGUAGAAUGGCUUGUCCCGCUUUCCUGAUGUUUGACAAUGCUGCUUACUUGGCUGACAUGACCUUCGAGCUCCCCUGCAAUUGCAAGCCCAAUGAGGUCUCUUCUGUCGUCUGGUACUUCCAGAAGAACAUGGGCAGCCACAAAACCACGGUCCUGACGGACUUUGCUGGCACCGUAGUUAUUGACUCCCAACAUAUCAACGUGAGCAGCAACAUCCUGAAGCGUUUCAGUAUCCGGAUGUUCAGUCUCAUUGUCUUCCAAGCCCAAGUGACGGACUCGGGCCACUACCUGUGUGGCACUAAGAAAGGGGACUUCUUUUAUGGCUACGAUGUGGACGUGCAGCCCACCAAGCAUAUCACGGUGGCUUUUUUGGACAGUGGCCAGCACGUCCAGGACAACUUCAGGGAGAAGCUCUUCAGCUUCUUCACCACCUUCUGGGACUGGAGCAGAUGCGACCGCUGUGGGGUGAGAGGCGAGCAGCGGCGGAUCGGGCUCUGCUAUGUGCGGAGCGGCCAGCUGCACCCUCGCUAUCGCACCACCAUCCCCAAUGUCACGUCCUGUGGCUCGAGGGCUGUCCCCCCACGUUUCCAGCGUGCUGUCCGCCUCCGGAGACCCGAGGUGGCCAUCCGAAGCUGCCUGACCCCUUGCCUGAAGGAGGAGGUCUCCAAGGAAGGCAUGCAAUCCAUCUCCAAUGUCAUUUCCAAGCUGGGUGAGAAGCCCUGGCUGCCUCACAUCCCCACGCAGUUUCACAAGCAGGUUGUUGGAAGUGGCCUGGUCAUCGCAUGCCCAGGAGCCCGGCCGGAGCAUGCUGUGGCCUGGGACAAGGACUCUGUCCGGCUCUAUCGCUCCCGCUACCUCAUCGGCGUCAACAAGAGCAUGAGGGUCUUCAUCGACCACGGAAACCACCUGCACAUCCAGCGGGUCCAAGUUAGCGAUGGAGGCAUCUACUACUGCUGGCAUGAGGGCAAGAUGGUGGCCAGCUUCCGGCUCAGUGUGUUCCACCAGAAGCAGCGCAAGCGGACGCUCAGCGAUCCCGAGACAAUCUUUGCCAUCAAGGCCAUCAGCCUGAGCUACAUCCUCAUCAGCAUCGUCUUCGUUAUCAUCCAUGUGUGCCGCCACUGCCGGCGGGCGUUUGGCUCCCCUGCCAGGACAUAG